AUGGCUCCGGAAAACACCCCUGCGGAUGGCGGGGGAACCGGGGGGACUGUUUCCGCGAACGUUGGCGCUGUCAUCGCGGAAGAGGUUGCGCUGAAGGGGCAUUUGACCGCGCGGAGUUUGAACCGCGAGGCGGAGGAGGACGCGGCGCUCAUGCGCGUGUUGCGCGCGCGCAUGAUCCCGCGGGGCUUUGUGCUAGAGACAGAAGAGACGUCCGGGGACGAGGGCGGGGAGGAGGGGGAAGAGGAGAGCAAAGGAGAGGGGGACCGCGGGGCGGAAGGGGAGAGUCUUGUCGAACCUCCUGAGGGGGAGAAGGGCGGCGUGCGGAGAUCGAAGCGGGGCGGGAGGGGGAAGGGAAAAGAGACGGAGAAGGCGGAAUCUGACGAAAUAAGCGAUGGCGUGGGGGGCGUGCGGCGGUUGCCACUCUCUGGAAAGCGAGUGAAGGGGCGAGGAACAACCGGGGUGGAAGAAGGAGAGGUCAACGGAGUGCAUGGCGUGAAGGGGAGUGCUGUGAAGAGGGAGGCGGGGGAGGAAGGGGGAGAGAGUGAAGAGUUGAGGGAGCAGGGGCGGGCAAGGGAGGCGGUGCAGGCGGGGAGGUUGCAACUGGCGGAGGGUGAUGUGUGCAAGCUGACCAAGGAGCGGAUCCACAACGUCAUCAUGCUGCCCUUCCGGGAUCGUCUGGUGGUGGUGGCAGGGGACAAGGCAGGGCAGGUGGGCGUGUGGGACCUGGGGGACAUGGACGCUCGCAGCUGCGCUGCUGCUGGUGUAACUGGAAACAGCAGUGCGGAUGGCAGCAACGGCGGCAGGGCAUCGGAGGGUGCGACGGGCAUGUUCACCUUCUGGCCGCACCGCAACCCGGUGUCAGGCCUCGCCCACUGCCCUCUCUCGCUCUCCAAUGUCAGUCGCCUCUCUCCCCUCCUCCCCUCUACUUCUCCUAGUUCUCUUACCUUUCUUGCUUUGCUCAUCACUCGUUCAUUCACUCGAACACUGCCAGUGGCCGUCUGUCUCCUCCUCCUCUGCCCAUGCAUAUCUCCUCUCACCACUCCUCUCCCACCCCACUCCACCAGGUGUGCGCCCUUACCUGCUGCCCCUUGCAUCCCUCUUGCACCCCUCCCUCCUGCACCUCUCGCAUUCUCACCUCCCCUCCACUUUCCUCCGUUCUUUUCACUGCUUUUGUCCCAAUUCAUCGCCACUUCUCUAACCGCUUCCUCCCCUUGCCCCGUCGCCAGUUACGAUGACACCAUUCGCCUGUGGACCAGGGACCAGUGGAAGCAAGCCGUUCUCGCACCCUCCAAGUCCACUCCUGCAAGUCCCAAGGUUUCCCCUCAAGCCCGCACCUACCCACGCCUUCUCGCCCCCACUUACCCCCCCUCUCAUCCCCCUCAAGCGUGCUUCAGCAGUCUAGCGCCUCUUACUUGUCUGCCUCAUUUGAAGCCCACUCCGUUGUGGUGUGGCAAGCUUCCGCACAUAUCAAAGAAGCACAACAACCAGACAGGCCGAUGGGUCUCGUCCUUCAGAGCCGAUUGGGUUAGCGGCAGUGAGCACGUGGUGGUGGGAGGCAUGGGGCGGACUCUGGAUAUCCUCUCUGUGACUUCAGGCACAUGGCUGCCGGCUCUCAGCAGCCCGGAGCACAUGACAUCCAUUCCUGCUCGCCUCGCCACGCACCCCUCGCUGCCCAUCAUCGCUGGUGGUAGCGCCAGUGGACGCGUCUUUGUAUGGCGCCCUGCUGCUGGCAGUGCUGCUGCUGCUCAUGGUGCUGCUGCUGGUGAUGGUGAUGAUGAUGAUGCUGAUGAUGCUGAUGAUGGUGAGGAUGAUGAUGUGGUUCAUGUUGCUGAUGCUGCUGAUGGGGCGUGA